UUAAAAGAGAAACGGAUGAUUUCCAUUAAACGCUGUGAUAAUAAAAACGUCUCCAUUAUCCGCAGAGAGAGAGCGAGAGAGAGGGUGGUCUCUGACCGGACAGGUGACACACAGUCAGGAUGAGUUCCUCCUCCUUCCCCUCUCCUCCCCCCUCUCCUCACCCUGCACCCCUCCCUUUCGCAUCCUCCUCCUCUUCUCUGACUGGCUGUCCUGAACUCGACCUGUCUGUCACACUCAGCUUCACCCCCAAGACCAGCCAAACACAGCUGAAGCCCUGCCUCCAAGGACAGACAAGAAGAAAGAGGGACACACAGUUGUGUUUUGAAGAACCUGUGGUCGUCAAGGUAACACCGGAGCCUGAUGUCCCAAUGAGCAGAGAUGCCCCACCUCAGCAGCCAAUCAGAGGUCAGAGGAGAAGCAGAGGAUGUCACCAUGUUGGUGGAGCCCCCAGACAGUCAGUGGAGCCCACUGCUGCAGCAGCAUCCAAUCAAGAUGUGGGCUGUCUAGGCAGGGCGGAGCUAAACACUACUCUCGCUCUGAAGGCAGAGCUUCAGUCGCUGCAGGGUGUGGAGUUUAACUCCGACAGGGCUGUUCAGGAGACUCUGCAGAGGUCAGAGAGGACCAAGAACCUUAUCAACAGCAGAGCUACUGAAGUAGUGAAUGUCUCUCGCUCUCAGCUUCUCUUCACCUCACUGGUCAGUGUUGAAGUGCAGAAGGAUCAGCUGAUCAACCAAAUAUUACAGGACAGGCGGCCCCUGGCCAUGCGACCCCGCUGCCACGACAGCAAGGCAGCAGAUGGCCCCUCCCCCUUCCUCUUCAUGUCCUCUGACCUGCUGAGACACAAGCCCCUCCCACCUGAGGAGGUGCUUGUCAACUAUAAGCCCCACCCAUUACCACGGCCCACCCUCUCGUCCUUUGACCUCUACAAACGACAGAUAAGGUGGGAGGCCACGCCCUAACCCACCCUAAGGAGAGCUGUGAUCGGCUGGAGAUACUGAGUUCUUAUUGGAAAGACUGUGUGAUGACAUUAAUAAUAAUUAUCUAAUCAGUUUUUUAAUUAUUGA